AUGAAGUCUGAUAACAUUAAAGACUCUACUUUUGCAUCUGGCAACUCAAAGGAAAAUAGAAAACCUUCUUUAACACCCAUUAACGUUGAUAUUACAAAAAAUACAUUAGAAGAUAUAAAUGAAGUUAUUUCUCCUCUUUUAAGCAAAUUUAAAACAAUCAAUGGAAGAGAUUUCUUCGAUAUUGAAGACUUAAAUUAUGUAUUACCAUCUGAUAAAGUAGAAGCUGAGAGAGCAAAUAUAUCGCAUAUACUAAGUAAGCAUCAAUGGCAAGGCAAUUUUCUCUCUCCAAUUAUUGAAAAAUUGGAAAAAGGUUGUUGGAUAACUGAUAUGGCACUAGAAUAUCCAUCUUCAACAUUUAUAGGAAUUGAUGUUAAUUCUUCUUUCUUUCCUAAUACCGACAAAUGUCCUUCAAAUGUUUGUUUUCUUACUUGCAAUGUAAUUUAUGGAAUUCCAUUUCCUAAGGAAACUUUUGAUUUUGUUUAUAUGGGUAUGAUGUUCACUGCUUUUACCGAGUUUCAAUGGUCUACCUUAAUCAAAGAUACUGUUAGGGUUUUAAAGUAUGAUGGUUGGAUCGAGUCCUUAGAACCAACUUGCCAAUUUCAAAAUAUGGGAAAGACCACAAAAUGGAUAGAAGAUACUACGGCUAAAGCUUGCAUGAAAGAAAAAGGUGUUAAUGUUCGCAUUAGUGCUAUGAUGCCAAAAUUUUUUGAAUCAAAUAAUGAGCUUACAAACAUACAAUGCGUUAAGGUAGAGUACCCAAUAGGCGAUUGGUAUGGAUGUUUCGGUAAAUACUCGUUUAAUAAUCUUCGUAAAAUGUUCCAAAGUUUGGUAUUUGUUCCGAAAUAUAUGGGUAUAACCCAUGAUGAAUAUGUUAAGUUGUUAAACGACGAAUUUAUUAAGGAAUCAAACGAAAAUAAAACAUAUACGCAUCUUCAGAGAAAUUUUGCUAAAAAAACUUUGUAUGAUUAA